CGCUCAUUAUCUCGUCUACGUAGGCAGUGAAACCCUGUGAAUAAGCAGCGUAGCUAACAUGUAGAACAUUAAACGUCCUGGAUUGAAAAGGAUCAAGCCGUUUUCAUGGUGAAUCAAGGUCAGGAUUUGUAAAGACUGCUGGUAUUUCUUUCCCUCAGAAGUACAACAUUAACCUCAGGAGACUACACAAAGGAAGAAAAACAUGAGACAGAAUCUACCGUUCCAUGAAGAAAUAUCACAUCUCUACAACACUCUCAGUAACCAAAGGUUCUGGUGUUUGAAACUCAAGCCAGUAUCCAAUGUCCAGUGCGUGUUUACUAUUGUGAUGGCCAUUAUCACUUUAUUACUUUACAUCAUCUUUGGGACGCCACAAUGUGAUAUGCAAGAGUUUAAGAAAGGAAAGCAUCUAGAUCCAGCAGCAGAUGAAGUGGCUUAUCCCUAUAAAUACAACUUCCGCCUGGAUCAGCCAGAAAAGUGCCAGCACAAACCUUUCUUGGUGAUCAUUGUUCAAGUGGCCCCUAAAGAUGUGAUGGAACGGCAAGCCAUAAGGAAUACAUGGGGGGAUGAAAAGCUGGUCCAAGAAAAACAUGUUGUGGUUCUGUUUCUAAUGGGCUUACCGAGUGGAAGUAACGCAGAAAUACAACAGGAUCGUAUACACCAGGAGAACCUGAGGCACAGGGAUCUGCUUCAAAGCAACUUCAUAGACUCCGUCAAGAACGCGACUAUUAAAACCAUGGUGAUGCUGGAAUGGCUGAGAGAUCGCUGUCCGCAGGCAUACUACACCGCGAAAGUGGACAAUGACAUUCUGCUUAACGUCAGAAGUCUGAUCAGUAUGCUGCUUAACCCCCGAAUCCCCCAGAUGAACUACAUCACUGGCCAGGUUCAGCAAACCAAAAAGGCAAAACAAAACCCAUCAAGCAGGUUUUACAACCCUUCAGAGAUACACACCAAUAAGUUAUUUCCACCAUAUCCCUUAGGAAAGUGCUACAUCAUGUCUAUGGACAUGCCAGCAAAGAUUCUGAGGGCAUCAACGGAAAUCAAGCCUAUUUUAGAAGAUGAUAUGUAUAUUGGUUUAUGCCUUGAAUGGCUCCAUAUUGCUCCUGUGAAACCUCCAAAACCUUCGCAGUUUGUGUUUAUCUACCCUCAACUGUACAACCGGUGCUACUAUUCUGAGCUCAUUGCAGUGAUUUUAUACACUCCUGCUCAGCUGGUUAACCUAUGGACAGACAUUCACAAACCAGGCACAGCCUGUUGACUCCUUAAAUAGAAGGUAUAAUCAGCCUAUUGAGUAGCAAAACAUGAGAAACAAGCUUAACUGGUAUACAGACAAAAUCGAGACCUUUACCAGUGUAAAUACUCAUUUACUUUUAUAUCUUUUCCACUACAGAUGGUGUGUGCUAGACAAUUAUUUUAUAUUUGACAUAUUAAUGCUUUUGGGUUGCAAAAUAACGCAGGAAAUAAAUGGUUAUGCUGAUCAGUGCUUACCAGCUAACUGAUCAGUGCUUAGCAACUAACCUUACAACAGCAACAUGUUUUGAAAAAAGCAAAUGAAAACUACAUAGAAAUGAUUUGAUAUUUUAUUAACCGACUACACACUCAACACGACCGUCCCUGGCCAAACCGUGUUAACUGACUUUGGACAGUUAACACUGAUGCAACUGGUCUUCCUAGCCAAGCUAAUUGCAUGCUACGUAAUCAAAGAGUUUCUAAAAGACUCACAUUAUGAAAUGCCUCACAAUUAUAACUAAAAUAUAGUAAAAUACAGUUAAAUGAAUCAAAUUGUCAUUCUUUUUUUAGCCUGUGGUGGCUCAACAAUUAAAGUUGGGUUUGAAGGUUGGAUUUUUGAUCCUCAGCACUGACAAGCGGCUGUGGGCGCAUCGAAUGUGGACGCAGACUUGGCCGAACCUGCACUCUGAUCGCAACUUCCUGACAAGCUGACAUAGUAAAAUUCAAUUUCUGCAUGUUUUAAUGUAUAUGUGAAAA